GACGGACCUCGUAGUGGUAGAAACGAGCCUCAUUGCAUGCCCAAAGGGCACCGCAAUGUUGUGUGUCCGUCAUCAGCGUGUGGUGAUGUGUGAACUCGGCAAAGAUAAAAGGGCCACUUGGCCCUUACCGAUUGAUCUCACCAAGCUUGACUGGGAAGCCAUUGCGUUGGUAGAAACCAGGUAAAUUAUGCGAUCGCAUCGUCAGAAUGUCUCAACCUUACCAGAUGAACGCACCUCAACAAGGCAAUUUGGUACGAAGACCAGCCAGUGAGUCACCACGAAGUGAGGAAGUCAAUGCACCAAGCACGAGACCUGGAAUAGAUCUCGAACGCCAAGCAGGAAGCUGGGGAGGAGAAAGGGGUUGGGUUCGCAUGUGUCGGCAGAUGCAGCAAGAUAGAAGACACAUGGUCGCGCCCCGACUGUCAAACAUAAGCUCACGCUGUGUUAUGCUUCAAGCGAACCGCAUAGUGGCUCUUUAUGACGAGGCCGAAAAAGCAUUCGAAUCGGGUACAGAAUAUGCGAACUCGGAAGAAAAGCUUGUGGAGGAAUACCUAAAGUUUUCACAGGUGUUGAUUCAGACAAGCCAGGUGCUCGCACUCGACAAGCCAGGCAGCUAUUUCUUGAGACAUCUCUUGCCUUCCUUCAGAACUAUGUUAGAAGGAGAGAGCGGCAAGUACCUUGACGCGCCGAUGCACGAUUGGGCAUCGCUCUCGCAGCCAGACAGGCUUGACCAGCUCACCUGCCUUGCCGGAUACACAAAGAUCGGCAGAGUCCUCCUUACACCGUUCCUGACAGGGCAAGACGAGGUUGGUGAUAAUGAUCAGUAUCACUACAACGACGGGGCCAUACGGUUCAUAAGCAUCACCAUCUUCAGCUCCAUUAUCGCCGUGUUUGCUUGCGCUCCAGCCGCGAUUCAGUCCCUGAACGUUCGAUCCACAGUUGGUGAAGUAGUUGUGUAUCUCGUCUUUGUGAUCGUGUUUGGCUGGCUGAGUCAGGGACUGAUUUUGGGUUUUGAGAAAGUUUUGCUCUCCUGUCUUGCUUACGCCGGAUUGAUGGCAACCCUUCUACGAGGGGGUUGACAUCGGGAGAGGGGCGGAUGGAACAGAAACUGGAGGAUCGGAAGGCGAAUGGGUGUUCACGACUGGACUGUGACGGAACGACUUGGUGAGCCGUGUGUAAGAGAAUGGAUGUAUAUUGGACAAUCGUUUGAAGAAUCACACUCCUUGAGACCCUCUCCGUUAGCAGUGAUGUCAACAGGAUAGAUGUACGUGUACCAAGGAUGAGAGUUCGGGGAGUGAGAUCACGGCCAGACAGCUCAGAUGUCGAGAUGGCAAAUUUGCUUUCUGAAGGGCCAAGAAAAAGCAGUAAAGAUAGAAACAGAAGCGAGACUCACCUCGUAGGUAGCAUGACAACCUAUAAGCACA